GCGAGUGCGCUUGCGCCUGGAGGGAGGCCCGGCGGCGGCCAGACGUGGCCCUGCGCUGGCGGUGCGCUCUCCUCUCGUGGGGCGCGGGGCGCGCGGCUCGGGGUCCCGGUGGCGGCGGGCCCAGGUGCCUGCUCUGGGAGAGGGGCGGCAGCGAGGGAGACAUGGCCCAGAGGCUGCUGUCUGCCCGGGCUCAGGGGUCUGUAGCAUUCGGGGACGUGGCCGUGUUCUUCAGCCAGGAUGAGUGGUUGCACCUGGACUCUGCCCAGCGCCGCUUGUACCGGGAGGUGAUGCUGGAGAACUACAGCAACCUGCUGUCAGUUGGGAUCCUGUUCUCCAAGCCAAAGGUCAUCUCCCAGUUAGAACAAGCUGAUCCGUGGCUGGUGAAAAAGGAAGUGCCUCAUGGUACCUGUGCAGGAUGGGACAGCUUCUUUGAAGCCACAGUUUCAGAAGAAACAAAUCAGGAAGUCAUGAAAAAAGCCACAAAUGGUCCUUUAGACUUUGUGUCCUGCACACAUGACAGCUGGCUAGAGCAGCAACAAGGCAAGAAGAACAACCUUUUCAGGGAAGCAUCAGCUACCCUCAAGAAAGCUCACACAAAGGAGAGGAGCUUUAAUGGGCUCGAGCCUGGGAAGAAUCUUGAUCUGAAGUCCUCACUUACCAGGAAGCCCGGAGCUGCUUCCCGAAGAAGGAAACCCAGUGCCCAGCAGCACUCAGUUCUCGUGAAACAGCUGCGAGUUAACACCGUGCAUAAAUGCUACAAGUGCAACAUCUGUGGCAAGGUCUUCCUCCACAGUUCUUCCUUGAGCAAGCACCAAAGACUCCACACCGGAGAGAAGCUCUAUAAGUGUAAAGAAUGCAGGAAAGCCUUUAGCCAGAGCUCUUCCCUGACCCAGCACCUACGAGUGCACACCGGGGAGAAGCCUUACAUCUGCCGCGAGUGUGGGAAGGCCUUCAGUUUCACCACGUCUCUAAUCGGGCACCAGCGGAUGCACACCGGAGAGAGGCCCUACAAGUGUAAGGAGUGCGGGAAGACGUUUAAAGGUAGCUCAUCCCUGAAUAACCACUGGCGGAUCCACACCGGAGAAAAGCCCUAUAAGUGUAACGAAUGCGGGAGGGCCUUCAGUCAGUGCUCGUCUCUCAUCCAGCAUCACAGGAUUCACACCGGAGAGAAGCCCUAUGAGUGCGGGCAAUGCGGGAAAGCCUUCACCUCCAUUUCGCGGCUCAGCCGACACCACCGCAUCCACACGGGAGAGAAGCCCUUUCACUGUCGCGAGUGUGGCAAGGUGUUCAGUUACCACUCGGCCCUCAUCAUCCACCAGAGGACGCACACUGGAGAGAAACCGUAUGCCUGCAAGGAGUGUGGCAAAGCCUUUAGCCAAAGCUCAGCACUCGUGCAACAUCAAAGAAUCCACACUGGGGAAAAGCCCUACACGUGCGACAAAUGUGGGAAGGCCUUCUCCUGGAUUUCCCGGCUCAAUAUCCAUCACAGGACUCACACAGGCGAGAAACCUUAUCAUUGCAAAGAAUGUGGGAAAGCUUUCAGUUCCCACUCAGCAGUGAAUACUCACCGCAAAAUUCAUACUGGGGAGAAACCUUACAAAUGCAAUGACUGUGAGAAAGCCUUCAACCAAAGCUCAGCUCUGAUUCAGCACCAGAGGAUCCAUACCGGGGAGAAACCUUUCCACUGCAAGGUGUGCGGCAAGGCCUUCCGGCAGAGCUCCUCGCUCAUGACACACACGAGAAUCCACACGGGGGAGAGGCCUUACAAGUGCCAGGAGUGCGGCAAGGCAUUCAGUCAGAGCUCGUCUCUGGCUAACCACCAGCGGACUCACAGCCGAGAAGACGUGUGAGUCCAGUGCAUAUGGAGAUGUUCCAGCUGAAACUCAGCCCGUACAAGGAUGUAGGAUGCACCCUGAGGAAGCAGCGACGCAGAGGAGGAGGCUGGGGGCGAGCCCUUAGAAGUGUGAGGCUUCCUGACGAAUGUAUAAUGCCUUGUUGUAUGUGCUUAACUUCUUGCCGACUGCAGACUCCAGAAUGUGUGAGCCCGGAGGGUCGGGAUUCUCUUCCUUGCUGGUGAUGUUUGCUAACGGCCCCAGCGUUCACGCUUCACUAGGAAGCUGCUGAGUUAUCCAAGCUUUGAGAAAUCCAGGAAUCCAUUUUGAAGCUCCAUGCAAGUAUUCUGCAAGCCAGUGACACAAGAAAGAAUGUUUUUGGAAAAGAAAUGGUACAUAGGUGACCUAUAGCUACCUCACUGUCACUAAAAAAAAAGGAAUAUUUUUUAAUAAGCUGAAAGCAGGUUCUGUACUUGUUUGCUGUUAUGACAUUUGGGUUGUUUCUCUGCCUUCUGUGCCAUUCACUAUAGAAGAAAAUCACCCUGUCACUAGGAAGGGUGCUGUGCUUUGACUUUUCUUCUUAACUACCUGAUCUAAAUUUUACAGUCAUCUUUCAGUCACAAAGUACAUGGCAUUUCACUUGUCUUUCCACAA